CUCAAACCGUGACACUUUGCAGCUCAGACAUGAAGUGCUCUGCUGUUAUACUAAUCCUGAUACUCAACACCGUCUACACCUUCUCACAAAUUGCCCAUGAAAUUCUCACUAUUGUGAGCUGCUUUGACAAUGGCACAACUGAGAUGCAGGUUGAAGUGGAUUCUAAUGAGCUGGGAUAUGUGGAUUUUGAAAGACAAGACAUUGUAUUCACAGUGCCCAGAUUUCUUGUGCCGGACCCAAGACAAACAUUUGCAUUUAUAGGUGAAUACAAGGACAUUAUAAGAGGCAAGACCACGUGUUUAACAGUUCUGGGAUACUGUGCAGUGGAGGAGCAAACGCUACCUGAAAAUUGGGAUCCUCCUGACAGUGUGAUCUACCCUGCAGAAGAAGUUCAGCUGAAAGUUGAAAACAGCCUCAUUUGCUUUGUGAAUCAUUUCUACCCACCUUCCAUCAGAGUCAGCUGGACUAAAAAUGGUCUUCCAGUGUCGGAGAAGGCAUCACUCAGUCGAUAUUAUCCAGAUAAAGAUCACACCUUCUACCAGUUCUCAACCCUGACAUUCACACCGAGCGAGGGGGACAUUUACAGCUGCACAGUGGAGCACCCGGCCCUGGAGAGCCCCGUGACAAGGAUCUGGGAACCUGACAUUAAUCAUCCAAGUCUUGGACCAGAUAUUUUCUGUGGAGUCGGCCUGGCUCUGGGUGUGUUGGGGAUCGCAGUUGGAACAUUUUUAAUAGUUAAGGGGCACCAUGUAAAUUAAGUUCUCAGAUUACACACAUGAAAUUGAUGUUGAUGGUACACAUGAAUUUUACAAAACCCUACACUGUUUGAGUGUAGUGCAAAUGUGCACUAUUUAUCAUCUUAUAAUCAAAACAGUUCAUAAGCUAUGUCAAAAUGUAAUUUAUAUGUGGAUAUACACAGUACAUAUUCCAGAUUUAAAUAACUUUAAAUCAAGAAGAGAAAAGGAAAAGGUAACACUUUUUAUAAGUCGCCCUAUUUAGCCUUUAGUAGCACUAUACAAACAUUUAAUAUGUGGUUUAUAUAAUCUAGUUUUAAGCAGCUAUAAUGGCAUUUUAAGUGUUUAUUUAUGUAUAGUACUUUUCAAUUAUAACUCUUCUGAAGACAUAUUUAUUAUUAUAACUAUUUUACUAUGUUUUCCAGCUUGUAGGCAACACUAACUCCUUUAUUGUUGUUUCUGUUUGGCUCCUAGGUUAUUAUAAGGUUGUAUAUUCAAACAUUACCAUGUAAUAUACUGUCUCUCUGGAUUACUAUGUUAAUGUUGAUUUCUGUUAAAAAUA